CAUUUUCUGCCCAGGAAGAGGUUCUCCUAUCACUAUACGUGAAGUGCACUUGUCAUUGUUCACUAGUUAACAGACAGAUACAAUGUAUCAGGCGCUCGGAACGUUGGCUCAGCUAUGGCAGGAAGGUUCUGUCUGAGGGCUACACCCAGAUACGAAACGAUUCAAGAAUCCUUUUCCGGAGCAUUCAGCCUUUCCAUCUGCACAGAAGGGCUUUCUGUGUGCGAUACUGGGACUGCCUGACCUUUUUGUCCAUUAAAUGACCAGGAGUUCUCAGUCAGGUAAUUAGAAGCAUCAAAGCAGCAAAGGUCAUAUAAACAAUGCACACUGGAUAAUUGGCUGUGUGCAAAGUUUAGAUACUUGCUUGGCUAACUGUAUGGGAUGCCUGAAGGGUUCAAGUUAACGAAUUCAAAGCUUGUUUGGUGGUGUGCUGUGUAAAGCUAUUUUAGAAGGUAAUUAUAUGACCCCAUUGUAUUUGAUUAUUUUCAUUUUAUUUUAUAUGAUACCUGAAGUGUGAGGGACAAGCAUUCGACCUGAAAAAAAAACUUUAUUUCAAUGACACAUCGGAUCUGAGACUGCACGCUUUACAAAGAAUGGCUAGUAAAGUAAGCUUGGGGGCUAGUUUAACUUGCAAGCUUUAGAAAAGUGAUUGACACUUUGCAACAUCUCCCUAUAGCGCCUGUAGUACAACAGGGGUACAGUAUCUUGCAGAGCAGACAUAGAGCCACAUGCUCCUUGUGAUGUGUUUAGCUUAAACCUAAUCCUUGUGAAAAUACAAGGAUAUAACUGGUACAAAAUUAUGCACAUAUUGGAGAAUGCACUUUUAACAAUGUGAAGUACAAGUUCUAUUUCUUAAUAGGCAAUGCAGUGUUCAAGCCAAAAUAUCAGAGCAAGAGUUAAAAAAAACAACAACUCCAUUCUCUGGAAUUAGUAUAUUUUUGAACUUGGAUAUUUCAUCUUAAGUUAUUUGAGUACUUCAUGCAAACUAUCAGAAUUUCCGGAAAUUUAUACAUAACUUAAUUUCUUUAUUUCCUGACAAUUCUUGCUUUGGUAAAUAACCCGGUGAGAGCUGAAUGUAAGUAAAAUAUACUGAACUGUAACUAGGACAUAUUAUUUAGUAGUUCUAUUAAUAUUUUAGCAGUAGCUUAUCACGUCUUUGCUCACAGCCUGACACAAUGCUUGCGAUAGCAUAAACUGACAUUGUAAAUAUUGAGCUAUAUUAAUCAUGCCUAAUUGACCCAUUUCUCAGCUGUUCCCACACUGUUUGCACACCCAAUGUUUGUCCAAGGCGAUAGCCAUAGGAUAAAGACGAUGGCAUUUUCUACCACAAAACUAAAAUUGAAAAAGUGAAUGGCAAAUUGUAUGCUGAAAUAGACAUACUGAGAAAAAUCACAAGUCACAUUUUCAAGUUUGUGUAUUUUAGUGUAAAAGUUCCUUUGUAAUUUUUCCAGAAUUCCCAGUUUAGCAAAUAAACGCAUGGAGUCUCUUUGUCAACUCUUGGGAGUUAAAAAGUCUUCAAUCUCUUUUAAAUCCUGCUUUUAAAGCGCUUCCAAUCUCUUGUUUAUAUACCUUCCUAUAUGCCAAUGGACUGACGGGCAGUCAGUAACAGUUUGACGGGCAUUUGGCUUCAUCCAGAUAGACAACACUGAUGGUGCCUAGCACAAUGCACAGAAUUUCAGUGUCUUGUGAUCUACUGCAGGUCCACAGUGUGUGUAUGUAUGUGUGUGUGUGUGUGUGUGUGUGUGUGUAUAUAUAUACCGUAUAUUGGUUAUUCCAGCUGCCAGGCCUCUCACAUCAGCACAUAACCACUAAAGUCUUACUGCAUUUCUGGAGGAAGAGCAAGGCCAUUUCAUACAAACUGAGUAACAAUCAAAGCAGAUAAGCACAGCAUUCCAUCCACCAGUCUGGCUCUGGUUGGUACUAACUCCAACUGUUCUGCUCCUUAAAUAAAUAAUGCUGCUUAAGAUACCAGCGUUUAAAUGCCUGGACUUUUGUUCUUUUACUUCUAUUUACUACAAACUGCGGAUCUGCCUGACCCGAUUGUGAUUAGAUCACUUACACUAAAAUCUAGUACGGGGAGUGUUUCGUUAGAAACCUGAUGUUCAUUUUGUUUCCCCCAUUAUAUUUAUAUUUAUAUUAUAUAUAUAUAUAUAUAUAUAUAUAUAUAUAUUAAUUUAGCAAUUUUGUCUUUUAAAUGUUCAUAUUUAUUUAUUUUAUGACUGCGAUCAAACCUUUACUUUCAAACAUUGGACUUUUAUAUUGUUGUGGUUUUUUUCUUUCUCAUUUUGAUGCAGAUCGUGUUUAAUCUGUACAGGUUUUUUUUUUUCCGGAUUGUAAUUUUUCUUAGUCUUACUGUUGCAAAUCGGAUUUUGGUACUACUCUGUACCAUGCUUUUAGGACUUUAUGGCUGAAAGCCACAUUUAUUCAUUGUGAGUCUCACUGCACUAUCUAUUGAAAGCAUCAUUGUGCCUUACAUACACUUAUCUUAUCAGUGUCUUGUACCUAGUUUGUGUUUUAGGGGUGUUAACUGUGUCCAUCCCAUUUAGGCUUGUGAGGGAAGUCCUAGUGCCCUACUUGCUCUGUGCGUCAUUGUAGGAUUAACCGUUUCUGAGGGCUUAGAGUAAUGAGGAAGGAGAGACCCUGUACGACACAAGUGUAAGAUUGGAGAAAAACUGAUCGGGCAGGUAGAUAGGAGUGUAUUGCAUUGUGUUAUAAAAAUCCUACUCAAUCAAACAGUGAUCUUAUAAUACAAUUUAACUAAAUUAUGAAAUUGAUAUUCCCAACAAAUUCUAGUUUGAAAUUAUAUUAAAAACAAUAAGUAUAGAACUUUAUACGCAUUGCUUUUAUAUAAUGAGGCUGAACAUAGUAUAGCACAUCAAAUAGUUACAUUAAUUGCAUUGGAAACCUUUCUUAUAUAACAGAAAUAGCAUGUUCAAUAUGUAUGCCCCAUUGCUUUAAUUGUUACCAUUCCUUUCUGUGGAGUUGUGGUGUUCCAAAAAGAGAGAAAUGGUUUUUCUGUUGAUACUCCAUCCAUGACAUCUCAUGUGAUAUUCAUUGAAGAGACUCUUUCACCCUGCCCCCUGCAAAAUAUAUAUUUAAUAAAGAUAACAUCUUUCUGAAAUACUCACAUUGACUGUGUUGGAUUUUCACUUCUAGUCCAACGCAGUCCAAAAAUGUACUAAUGGACUGUUGUUUUAGUAUUUUUCCUACACCUCCCUAAAAAUGAUCUACUUUUUGUCUCUUCAUGUUGAUAUAAAAUCAGGAAAUAUGCCUUUUGAAAAUUCUAAAUACAUAUUAUUCCAUACUGUAUAUUUAUAUUUUUCCUGCCAAAAUAUUAUCCCAAAUAAACAAAACAAAAAAAAAAACCUGGGUCUAAGCUAAAUAAUAUGAGGUUUCCAAGUGUAGAGGGAUAACCUUAAAUAAUUAUUAAUCAACUUUAAAGAACUACUAAAAGUGGAGGUCACCCACUCCGAUACCCAAGUGUAUACUGUUAUAAACAUUUGGAUACUUGUGACAAUUUAAACUCUUAAAAAUGUACUUUUGUAAUUCAUAAUUUACAUCUAAUUUUUUUUUUAUUAUUAUUAUUAUUAUUAUUAUUGAAUAAGGGGUAUCCUCAACUUUUAGUCUGCUCCCCCAUCAUAGGUUAGCUUUAUGCCAGAUACAUUACUGGUACAUUACUAUGCCAGAAACGUUACUGGUAGGACAAGUAGUAACGUAAAGGAUCACUAUAGGGUCAGAAACACAAACCUGUAUUCCUGACCCUAUAGUGAAAACCCACCAUUUAGGUGACUAGCUCCCCCAUUAGCCCCCUCAGAAUGGGUUAAAACUCACCUGAUUUUCAGCUCUCUACAGGUCAGCCACGCUGGCCCUGCCCCCUUGGUGACAUCAUCAAAACUGCAUCUCUGAGGAAAAUUGCAUGGGGACGCUUAACUGCAGGGCUGCUUACUGUGCAGCCCUAAGCCAGGAAGCCACUCCAGUGGCCAUCUAAGGAGUGGCCACUUGGAGGUGUCCCUAGAGGCAAUGUAAACACUGCCUUUUCUCUGAAAAGACAGUGUUUACAUGAAAAUGCCUGAAGGGAGCUAUUAUACUCACCAGAAAAACUACAUUAAGCUGUACUUGGUCUGGUGACUAUAGUGUCCCUUUAACAAAGGAUCCCGAAACAUUCUUCAUACUGUAGGGCAGAGAAUAUCCUGACAAAUAUGCAUUUGGUUCUGAAUUUUAUUAAACUGGUGCUUUUUGAAUCUUCCUAUGUGAGAGUUGGGAUUUUAAUGUGCACACCAAAUGCUUCUGAUUGCUAUAGAUACCCUUAGGCGGAAGUAAUUCCAUCCAUAUUUUGAUUUAGUAAAUAUGAGAAUUGUCACUGUGAAAAAAAAAUAUAAAAAAUCUGGUCUUUAGUGAACCGUGCAAGAGAUUGGUCAAAAAGUUUGAAGCAACCAGUAGUCCAGGACCACUAUUGACAUAAAAACAUCUCAUUAAAAAGGCUAACCACUUAGGCUAGUGGUGUUGUGGAGACAGGCACUGAGGCUAGUGGUGUUGUGGAGACGGGCUUUUAAAAAUGUACUUUUGUAAUUCAUAAUAUAAUUCAAAAUUUAAUUAUUGAAUAAGGGUUAUCCUCAAAUUUUAGUCUGCUCCCCAUCAUAGGUUAUCUUUAUGCCAGAUACAUAUAAUUUUAUACAUUUUGAUGAGUAGCACAUGUAGAAUGUAAAACUCAAACGUUACUGGUAGGACAAGUAGUAAUGUAAAGGAUCACUAUAGGGUCAGAAACACAAACCUGUAUUCCUGACCCUAUAGUGAAAACCCACCAUUUAGGUGGCUUGCUUUAGGAGGCUAGUGGUGUUGGGGAGACGGGCUCAGGCACUGAGGCUAGUGGUGUUGGGGAGACGGGCUCAGGCACUGAGGCUAGUGGUGUUGGGGAGAUGGGCUUGGAGACUAUGGUGAGGCCUAAUAGAAAGCAGUUGUUGUUGGGGGAUUCCAUCAUAAGAGGUGUGGAGAUAGACAAUGGUGGUCUUGUGAGGUGUCUUCCCGGAGCUACUGCUCACAGAGACAGGAGACGAAUCUCUAAUAUUGUUAAGCAAGCAAAGCAGGAAGGGGAAUUGGAUGUACUUGUCCAUCUUGGGACAAAAGACUUGGCUUGCAAUGAGGUUUGAGAGGUUAAGGAAGUUUUUAGUGUUUUUGCCAAUGAUAUACGGCAGGUUGCUUCCAUACUGUCAUUCUCUGAAGUUCUGCCUGUGCAUAACACUCAGAACGACAGGCGGAUGCGUAUUAGGGACUUUAAUUUGUGGCUUGGUGAAUGGUGUCGGAGCAAGGAUUUGGCUUUAUUUUUCAUGGUAGCUCUGUUUGAAAUGGAUAUAAGCUGUACAAAAAAGAUGGUUUGCAUCUUUCGCAAAAGGGAACAAAUGUUCUCAGUGAUCAGUUCAGCGGUUUUGCUAGGAUGUAUUUAAACUAGGAGGGGGCGGGGGGGCAAAAGGGUGAUAAAACAUCAAUCCAAUUGCCCCCCAAAACAAGGACAGAAGGUGCCUGUAGCAAGUGUGUUAAAAAAUGAUAAGCUUAGAGUCAUGUCUACAAAUGCUCGCAGUUUAGGAAAUAAGAUCCAUGAACUUGUGGCAAUAAUGGCAACUGAUAGUGUAGAUUUAGUCGCUGUUACUGAGACAUGGUAUAAUGAGAAAAAUGACUGGGACAUAGCAAUACCAGGGUACUCUUUAUAUAGAAAACAUAGGGAAGGCAAGAAAGGGGGAGGGGUGGCCCUGUAUGUAAAGGAUAGCAUAAAAUCUAGCCUAAUAAAAGUUAGUGAGGUGAACACAGAGUCCGUUUGGGUUAUGUUAGAAUUUGGUAAUCACACAGUAACUCGUGUAGGUGUGAUUUAUAGGCCCCCAGGACAAAUAGAGUUAGAUAUUCUACUAGUUGAGGAAAUAACUUCCCCCUUCAUUGUCAUUUUAGCUAUCAUCAUGGGUGACUUUAAUCUUCCUGAUGUGAAUUGGAAAACAAAAAUAGCUGCUUGUGCCAGGAGCACACACAUUCUAAACUAUUAUCAGACUGGAGCAAUUUAAAUGGAGUCCAAGAGAAAUGGGAUUAUUUAAAAGUUGCACUACGGAAGGCAACAGAAAAUUGCAUUAGGCUUGUCAGUAAAAGCAAAAGAUUCAAAAAACCACUGUGGUACUCUGCAGAUGUGGCCAAAAUAGUAAAAAACUAAAUGUUAGCAUUUAGUAAUUAUAUAAAAACCCAGAGUGAGGAAGACAGAAUGAUCUAUAAGAUUAGGCAGAAAGAGGCUAAGCAAGUUAGAAGAGCUUCCAAAUCACACACAGAAGAGAAAAUAGCACAGUCAGUAAAAAAGGGGGGACAAAACAUUUUUUAGAUACAUAAAUGAGAAAAGGAUAGUAAAACAAGGAUUAGUUAGAUUAAAAACAAAAGAGGGAAGGUAUGUAGAAGAGGAUAAAGGUCUAGCUGACUGCCUCAAUGAAUAUUUUUGUUCGGUAUGUACAGAUGAAAAUGAAGGAAAGGGACCUCCGUUAAGAAAAAGGAUAAAUUAGUCAUUUAUCACACGUGAGUUUACAGAGGAAGAGGUUCUAUUUCAAUUGUCAAAAGUAAAGACAAAUAAGUCAAUGGGACCUGAUGGAAUACACCCAAAGUUAUUAAACGAGCUUAGUGGUGUGGUGUAGUGUUGUGCCCAUUCACAAGAAAGGUAAUAGGGAGGAGUCGAGCAACUAUAGGCCAGUAAGCCUUACUUCAGUAGUGGGGAAAGUAAUGGAAACCAUGUUAAAGGAUAGGCUUGUUGAACAUCUAAAAACACAUGUAUUUCAAGAUCAGAGACAACAUGGGUUUACUUCAGGGAGAUCAUGCCAAACUAAUCUUAUUGAUUUUAUUUUAUUUUUUUUAUUUUAUUUUUUUUUUUUUGAUUGGGUAACUAAAAUUAUAGAUCAGAGUGGUAAAGUAGACAUUUCUUACCUAGAUUUCAGUAAGGCUUUUGACACUGUUGCACAUAGAAGGCUUAUCAAUAAACUGCAAUCCUUAAGCUUGGAUUCCAAUAUUGUUGAAUGGGUAAGGCAGUGGCUGAGUGACAGGCAACAGAGGGUUGUAGUCAAUGCAGUAUAUUCGAAGCUUGGGCUUGUCACCAGUUGGGUACCUCAGGGAUCUAUACUUGGACCCAUUCUCUUUAAUAUUCUUAUUAGUGAUAUUGCAGACGAUCUUGAUGGUAAGGUAUGUCUUUUUGCUGAUGAUACUAAGAUAUGUAACAGGGAUGUUCCAGGAGGGAUAAGCCAAAUGGCAAAUGAUUUAGGUAAACUAGAAAAAUGGUGAGAGUUGUGGCAACUGAUAUUUAAUGUGGAGAAGUGCAAGAUAAUGCAUCUUGGACAUAAAAACCCAAGGGCAGAGUACAGUAUAUUAUAUAGAGUCCUAACCUCAACGUCUGAGGAAAGGGAUUUAGGGUGAUUAUUUCUGAUGACUUAAAGGUAGGCAGACAAUGUAAUAGAGCAGCAGGAAAUGCUAGCAGAAUGCUUGGUUGUAUAGGGAGAGUUAUUAGCAGUAGAAAGAGGGAAGUGCUCAUGUAAUUGUACAGAACACUGGUGAGAUAUCACUUGGAGUAUUGUAUGCAGUACUGGAGACCAUAUCUUCAGAGGGAUAUUGAUACUUUAGAGAGAGUUCAAUAGAAUAGAAAUGAAAACUCAGAAGCAUGUAGGUGACAAAUGUGCAAUGUAACUUCAAUUAUUUUAUAGAAAAGAGGAAAUUGAAUUAAGUGUUUAGAAAUUAUUAAAGCUUGUUAAAUGUGGCUAGAUAAGUGUUCCUUUCUUUUAUUAAAAUGUUUUAGUAAAUUGAAUAGAUUUGCUGUAUCACUAUGUAAAAAAAAGUCUUUGUAGGAGAAAAUACAGUUUAGAACAUGAUUCUGUUCUAUUUCUUUACAUUGGAACAGGUGUAGGAGGUAGGCAUGCGUUUCCAAGAAUUAGUGUGCUAAUUUUUAUUUUCAUUUUUUUUUUUUUUUAUUCCCCACAUGUAAACUCUCACCUCAAGCCAUAUUUUAUCAGCUUGUCCAUAUUUCUAAUUCUCUGUAGGAUAGGUAUAGAUGCAUCUUGUACUCUCUAUCCUAUUGAGGUUAACUUUGUCAUCUUACACUUUUUUUUUUUUUUUUUCUGUCCUAGAGGUUAAAUGAAAUAUUUCUCCAAUUAGCAGUCUAUUCUCAACUGCUGAGCGCACAUUACUGUUAAUAGGUCAGAUAAACCUGUGAUUUAUAAAUUAUUGUGAAAUCUGAUGCAAAUGAGGGAACAGUGCUACUGAACCUUGCAGAACCCAAAGAGGAAAUUGAAGAAAUGGGGUAAAAAUAAAAUGGCAGCAACGGUUAGAAUUACCAGACAGAAUUGCCUUACUACUAGAGCUUUCUCUUCUUCCUCCAGGUUCAUGUUUUCUUUUGGGCUUUUAUUUUUGUAUUUAUUUUUUGUGGGAUUAAUUUUAAAGGAACACUUUUUUUUUUUAUUUAUUUUUAUUUUUUUAUUUUUUUUAUAUUUAGGAAUGGAAAGAUGCAUUCCUAAUGCUAAGCUGCUUCCUCCUCCUCCCUCAAUCUAUGAAAGGGUUAAAAAAACACAUUCAGUCGUUUUUUCUGGUUUCAGAGCCAAUGCCCCUCCUCCACCGACGUGAGCAGAUGGUGGGGGGGACCCCAAUGCUUCAUGCAUGCAUUAGGCCUUCCCCAUAGGAAAGCAUUGAAUCAUUGCUUUCCGAUAGGGUUUUGCUUGAUCCUGGACGUCCUCAUGCAAAGCGAAGAGGAUGUCCAGCGUUGUUUCACGGCAUCAAACUCUGUAAAACUGCAGGAAGCGCCUCUAGGCGCUAUAUGGUAGAUAGCCACUAGAGGCAGUAUUAGCACUAUAAAGUACUAAAACUGCAGUGUUUUACAUUGCAGGACUAAGGGGGACAGACCACUUCAAUGAGAUGACGAUGUCUGGAAGCCUAUAGUGUUUCUUUAAAUGUCUGUGUGCAAGUUAUUUGAGUUUUGUGAAGACACAUCUAAUAUAUUAUUUCUUUACUUCAGGUAGUAAACGUUUACCCAGUGCUGCUUAUGGAAAAUCUUUUUUCAAGAUGAACUGUAGAACUUCAAGCAUCUCCUUCACCACUAUACCAGUUGCGUGAUUAAGUUGAACAGAGCAAUUUAAAAAUUUUUUUUUUUUUUUUUUUUUUUUUUUUUUUUAAAAGCUGGCAGCCACAGUGUGAAAUAACAUGUUUUUAACAUUUUCAAGAAAAUCUGUUUCACAGAAACUAAGCAUAUUGCUGCUUGCGUUUGGAUUCAUUUGGGGACUGAUGUUGCUACGCUACAUGUUUCAAUAUCCAAGACACCAAAGCAGUGGGGAACUUAGAGAUCAGAUAUUAGACUUGAGUAGAAGAUAUGUUAAAGCUUUGGCAGAGGAGAACAAAGACGUUGUAAAUGGUGGGAAUGGAGAAUCCGUGUCAGGAUACGGUAAGAAGCCCUGUUAAUGUUGUAAAUACAUUAUAUAGAGCAAUGAUUGGGGUGCAGCUUUAAAGAUAAAUCUUUUACAAAUGCUGAAAUGUUGCUUCUUGCUGGAAUUGACCUUUCUUCUUUAAAAAAAAAAAAAAGAAAAAAAAAAAGUAUUUUAAAAAUUAAUAUUGCACUGUUCAAAGUGCUGUCUGUUGCAUUUGGCGUUAGGAGCAGAGCAGAGGUUUCUGGAAAUUGUAGUUUAGUUAGCAACUUUUAACUUAAAAGCUUUUAAAUUCACUACAACUCCCAGAAAUCUUUGCUGUUCUCUAGAGUGACGCUGAGCUUUAGUAAGGAGUGAUAGAAAGCCACCUAUAAUCCAAUACAGCCAGUUACAGUAACUAUCAUGAAGGGGCAAAACAGAGGAGGCAUUGUUUUGGGAAGACACCUAAAGGUGAUAUUAAUGUUCGAUGUGCAGCUGAAGUGAGUUAUACUCACUUGAAGUUCUCGAUCAUGGGCACCACAAUCUUCUUUCUUCAACUGCCAGGAGCCGUGCUAUUGCUCUACUGUGUGCGUACAGCAGAAAGGUCUAUUGAGAAAACUGCAAGACCACAGGAUUCUCCAUAGACCAACUUGCAUGAUGUGUAACAAGGUGACUGUCUCCCACUGCCAUUGCUACCUAUUGCAAUAAGUGUAUCUACAUUUUCUGACUGGUGGAACUUCAAUGUAGUUAACAUUGUUCCAUAAUGAUUGUACCGUUAUUAAAUACUCAGGUAUAUUAUUAUGGUGUUCGCUUUAAGGUAUAGAUUGUGUCAAAACAUUUAUUUAGAAGAAAAAAAAAAAAAAAUAAGCAGGCAAAAAAUUAAUUAUUCAUGACAAAAGUUAUAAAUGUGCGAUAGUUAUUAGUGCCUAGAUAGUAUCUUUAACUAUUUGCAAUUCUUCAGCAUAAACCUAUUUAUUAAUUCAAAUAACAAACAUUUUGCUAGCAAAAUACAGUUAUGUACCUAUAACUAAACACUAAUGAAUCCUGAGCUAUCAAAUUCUUACUUGCAUUAACCUCACUUGGAAGGGGGUGGGGGGGAGGGGAUGUCUGUUUUGCUGUGAUUGCAAGAUCUUUUCAGGAGUUGUGUGAUGGCACUAUCUUUUCUGGUUAAAUUUCCUGACUGCAAUCAUUACUGUUUCACUUAUACUGUAAUGUUGUGGUUGGAACACUGUAAGCUCCCUGCUCGAAUCUUUGCAUGAUCUUUAAAGUGCACAAAAACAAACUAGACAUAUUAAUUGUCAAAUUUCUUGCACAUUUAUAGAUCAAUAGAUAUUGUAUAUUCUGAAGCUUGGGAAUGUCAUGAAUGUUUAAUGCACUUUAGUCCUAUUCCCUUAUUAAUUGAAAAUGCAUGCUGAGCCAAUCCUGGUGUCAUCAGUGAGGCAUCAGAAGAAGACAGCUCAGUGCAGGGAUCUUAAAUUUAAUUCUACCAUCAAGUAAUGUCAUGGCCCUGUAGGCUGCCACGGUAUAUAUUACAGUGGAAAGUAUAGUAUCACAUGACCGAUUUGCAACACAUGAGGCAGUCUCUCCCCUAAGCUGGUCAUCUGACUCUACUCUACACUCAUCAGGUCUGUUUAAGGAAGAAUACACACUAGCAUGUGAGAGAGCGUGAUAGUUGGAGUUCAUAUGUACAUAAUACCGCUAAGUUAUUCUUUUAGCUUGUAAGCUCACGGGCCAUCUAGCUAACCCCUUUGUAUGAAAGAGCACCAAUGGCUAGUUAUCAGUUUACCGGCAGGGCUCUCUCUACCUCUUGUAUUUGUUUGUGUAUAUUGUACGUUCUCCACUCCGCUGCGGAAUCUGACGCUUUAUAAAUACAUAAAUUAAACUUGAAGUGAUCCUGCCAUGAGCAAUAUAGGCUUGGAGUUUUUGAACCAUCUGCUGUAACUCCUGUUAUACAAUUAAGUGUUUCUUCCCUUAAUACUAUUAAAAGUUCAUAUUUUAAUAUAUCUUCAUUACAAUUUUUGUCCUGCGGAGAACAUCAAUAAACAAGGAUUAGUUAGAUUAAAAACUGUCAGGGCUUAAUUGGGUUGGGAGUCCGGCAGGCAGAGCUGUAUGCUCACCCUUGCAAGAAAACACGGGCCGAGGUGGUCAGGUGAGAAUUCACCUGGCCUGUGAGUCUGUGCACGGGGGUUGUGCAGGGUAAACUCCAAGUCGCGGUACAGGAAUGGAUAAAGCAGGAGAAUAGUCGUGGGAAGCCAAAGGUCAGAGGAUGCCAGAAGUCAGAAUCAACGAAACACCAAGCCGGGGUCAAGAGAUACACUGGAGAACAGGAGACCGCAAACCGAUAACCAGAGUCAAGGAACUGACACUGCCUUCUGGGAGAGGCAGUGUUUUAUACCUGGCUAACGAGACUAUGCACAACAGGUGUACCAGGAGUAAUUGCAAAUAAUGUCCAGCCCCCAGUGCUGAAUACUAGACAGGGCAGGAAUGAACUUCCAGGCAGAAAGCAAGAACCGAAAGAGGUUCAGAGGCAGAGACACAGACCUGAAAUGCACAAGACCUCAGGUUCAAGUCCCCUGUUGGGCUCUUCCAGGGUGACCACAUCUUACUGUCUGUAUGUUGCGGUGAUAACCGUGACAAAAACAAAAGGAAGGUAGGUGUGUAGAAGAGGAUAAAGGUCUAGCUGACUGCCUCAAUUAAUAUUUUUAAGUAUUUACAGAUAAAAAUUAAGGUAAGGGGCCUCAGAUAAGAAAAAGAACAAAUUAUUCAUUAGUUACAUGUGAGUUUACAGAGGAAGAGGUUCUAUUUCCGCUGUCAAAAGUAAAGACAAAUAAGUCAAUGGGACCUGAUGGAAUACACCCAAAGUUAUUAAAAGAGCUUAGUGGUGUACUAACAAAAACAUUAACAGAUUUAUUUAACCAAUCAUUGUUAACAGGAGUAGUCCCAGAAGAUUGUAAGCUAGCGAAUGUUGUGCCCAUUCACAAGAAAGGUAGAAGGGAGGAGUUGGGUAUCUAUAGGCCAGUAAGCCUUACUUUAGUAGUAGGGAAAGUAAUGGAAACCAUGUUAAAGGAUAGGAUUGUUGAACAUCUGAAAACCUAUGGAUUUCAAGAUCAGAGACUACAUGGGCUUACUUCAGGGAGAUCGUGCCAAACUAAUCUUAUUGAUUUUUUUUUUUUUGAUUGGGUUACUGAAAUAAUAGAUCAGGGUGGUGCAGUAGACAUUACUUACCUAGAUUUCAGUAAGGCUUUUGACACUGUAGCACAUAGAAGGCUUAUCAAUAAACUGCAAUCUUUAAGCUUGGAUUCCAAUAUUGUUGAAUGGGUAAGGCAGUGGCUGAGUGACAGGCAACAGAGGGUUGUAGUCAAUGGAGUAUAUUCGAAGCAUGGGCUUGUCACCAGUGGGAUCUGAACUUGGACCCAUUCUCUUUAAUAUUUUUAUUAGUGAUAUUGCAGAGGAUCUUGAUGGUAAGGUAUGUCUCUUUGCUGAUGAUACUAAGAUAUGUAACCGGGUUGAUGUUCCAGGAGGGAUAUGGCAAAUGAUUUAGGUAAACUAGAAAAAUGGUCAGAGUUAUGGCAACUGAUAUUUAAUGUGGAGAAGUGCAAGAUAAUGCAUCUUGGAAGUAAAAACUGUACUGAAUAUUUGAUAGAGUCCUAACCUCAACAUCUGAGGAAAGGGAUUUAGGGGUGAUUAUUUCUGAUGACUUACACCCUGUUCCAAAUUAUUAUGCAAAUUAUAUUUUUCUCAUUUACCUAAAUAAUUGAUGUAAAAAACAGUCAGCAUAAUUAUCAUGUUAUCAACUAUAAAGAGUUCAAUUCAAAUUUUUUUGAACACACCUAAUGAUAACCGUAUUUUCUUUAAACAUAAACUUACAAUGCACUGUUCCAAAUUAUUACACACAGUAAGUUUCAAAACACUUUAUAGGUUGUAAAGAACUGAAAACUGUCAUUUGUUGUGUUUGCAGCAUAUUUACUGAAAUCCAAAGCUAUUUCAAUCAAACUUAAAACAACAUUUCAACUUUUUAAACAUUUUAACAGGUCACGUUACAUUUUAACAUGGACCCCUUAUUUGAUAGCAGCUUCACAAGUCUUGCAUCCAUUGAACUUAUGGGUUUUUGGACAGUUUCUGCUUGAAUUUGUUAGCAAGAUGUCAGAAUAGCCUCACAGAGCUGCUGUUUGGAUGUAAACUGCCUCCCACCCUCAUAGAUCUUUUGCUUGAGGAUGCUCCAAAGGUUCUCAAUAGAAUUGAGGUCAGGGGAGGAUGGAGGCCACACCAUGACUUUCUCUCCUUUUAUCCCCAUAGCAGCCAUUGAUGCAGAGGUAUUCUUUGCAGCAUGAAAUGGUGCAUUGUCAUGCAUGAAGAUGAUUUUAUUACUGAAAGCAUAGUUCUUCCUAGUGUACCAGGGAAGAAAGUGGUCAGUCAGAAACUCCACAUGCUUUGCAGACGUCAUCUUUACACCUUCGGGGACCCUGAAGGGGCCGACCAACUCUCUUCCCAUGAUUCCGGCCCAAAACAUGACCACCACCUUGCUGACGUUGCAACCUUGUUGGAACAGGGUGGCCGUCCACCAACCAUCCACUAUUCCAUCCAUCUGGACCAUCCAUGGUUGCACAGCACUCAUCAGUGAACAGGACUGUUUGAAAAUUAGUAUUCAUGUAUUUUUUUUUGCCCAAUGCAGCCGUUUCUGCUUGUGAGCAUUGGUUAGUGGUGGCCGAAUAGAAGGUUUAUGCACAGUUGCAAGACUCUAGAGGACUCUACACCUUGAUGUCCGUGGGACUCCAGAGGCACCAGCAACUUCAAAUAUCUUUUUGCUGCUAUGUAAUUGUAUUUUAGCAGCUGCUCUCUUGAUCCGAUGCCUGGAUCUGGCAGAAAUCUUCCUCAAUGUGCCUUUAUCUGCACAAACCCGUCAGUGCUCUGAAUCAGCCACAAAUCUAAUAGUGCGAUGAUCACGCUUAAGUUUUCGUGAAAUAUUUAAUGUUUUCAUACCUCUUCCAAGGCAUUGAACUAUUUCACUCUUUUCGGCAGCAGAGAGAUUGUUUUUCUGCCCCAUAUUGCAUGAAAAUGGUGCUCUGCUUAAUAAUAUGGAACACCCCGCCCUUUAGUAGUUUUUCCUUAAAUUACGCUCACCUGGCAAUCUAAUUAUCACAGGUGUCCGAGAUUGUUUUUAGUGAUCAAAAGAGCCCUGAGACACAAUGCCAUCCAUGAGUUAAACUGAAAAACAAAAUAUUUAAUCUUUGUGACACUUAAAUAGAAUUUAUAUAAUAAUUUGGAACCGGGUGUAUAAAGGAUACAUGGUUAAUGUACUGCCUUCACAACAAUCUCAAUGUUUAUUUCUAGAGAAGCACUGCAUGACUUCAACCCUCUCUCUAACCACAUACAACAUAUGGUACACCUUUUUAAGAACCUUUGAAGAAUAGUUUGCAUAAUCUCCACAUCUCAUUGUGAUUAAAAAGUACCUUUUUGAAGGGUGAUGACGGUUGUUGAAACAUUGUAGAGAACUUUAGCAGAUUUAAUAUACUAUAUAUUUAAUAAAAAUUAUGUUUGCAUAUAGCUGUGAUGGCGAACCUACGUAACGUGCCAUAUUGUAAAGCGCUACGGAACCUGUUGGCUCUAUACAAUUGGCCAUAAUAAUAGGAUUUCACUGCUUGCGUGUGAUCCAAAGGUUUGCCAUGUCGCAACUGGAUCUACCUUUAACCCCUUAAGGACACAUGAUGGAAAUAUUCCGUCAUGAUUCCCUUUUAUUCCAGAAGUUGUGUCCUUAAGGGGUUAAGGAAGCACAGAUGAAGAUGCACCAUUAGGCGGGAGCAGCGUCAAAGGAUACUGCCCAACCCCCCCCCCAAAAAAUCACUAUAUGCCAGAUCUGCAAUAUUUUAAAUAAUAAAAUGAUUCACUAGUAAUCAGAAAGUGGAGUGCAUGAUCUGCACCUUCACCUGGUACAAACCAUAAUAAUCGCUCCUCCGCUGGGAUUCAUAGCCUGCAGUCUAACGUCCUCACUGAGAUCCGGACCAGAAGGAGCUAUUGUUAUGGUCUGUACCAGGGGGAGAUGCAAACAAUGCACUCCACCACCGGACUAGUAUGGAAUUAUUAAAGGGUUAGUCCAAGCAACAUGACCACUUCUUUGAUUUGUUUAUUUGGUUGGAGUAACACUCCCACUGAACCAGCAAGCAUUUAUUAACCCAACUGCACCACCAAGUGAAUAUAGAUCACUCACUGCAGAAAAGGUUAGUAGGAGAUGGGUCAAAAUGAUUUCCUUUUUAAUUUUAUUUUAGGAAUUCAGAUAAAUUUAAAUAAACACUGAAGUUGCAGUUUUGAUACACAGGUCACUGGCAUGUAGUGUGUGUGUGUGUGUGUGUGUAUAUAAUUAUAUUAAAAAAAAAUUCCUCAUUUUUUUAAUAUUUGUUUUUAACUUUUAGAACAGUAAUGGGGAUAGGUGCAAAUGUUUCUAUGCCUGUAUUUUUUUAGGUUCUCCUGAAAAUGUGUGUAAUUGCUAAUAUGUCAAGUGACACUUACUGUUAUCAUAAAUACCCCAGUACAGUUCCAAAAAGGAACAAUUUUAACACCAACUUAAGGGAAUAGAACAGUCCUAGAACUUUCACAAAUGUAUUCUUUAUUCUUAUAGAAGUCAAUGUUUCAGUUUCCCCAGAGAUCUUUCUCCAGUGUGACUUUAGCUUGGCAUAAGGUACAGCAAAGACUGUUCUUGAUAGCUUUUGCUGUCGCACCGAUUUUCCAGUAUUUCUGUCUUGCCACGUUAUGUAAGGAGGUGGAUUGUUUUGUUAGCACUAUAAGCAUUGUUCAAAAUUUGGAAUGCAGUGGAGAUUUGGAAACAAUGUCCUCGGGGAGGAAUUUAAUUUCUCUUCCCACUAAACUAUUUAUACUUUAAAAACAUUCCACAUCCUCAAAGUGACAUUGGUCACUUUAUGAAAUCCCUUUUUGUCUUAUUGUUUUUACCUCCUAUUUUUUGUGCAUAUGGCUUCAUUUUUAAUUAUUAUUUUAAAAUAUGGUGGUAGUAUACAUCAAGAUAACAAUGCCAACUCUUUAUUGCCAUAUAAUAAAAGGAGAGGUACUCACAACUACAGUUGUAGGCAAAGCUAGCAUCUCAGUCUGUAAAGUAAAGCAAGACAAAUCAUGCUGAAGUCAAACAAAAAAAUUAACUUAGUGGCAUACUGAUAUGACAUGCAUCUCUUAAAUAAAGAAAAAAUGUGAAUGAAGGCCCCCAGGGAGGCACAAUAAAGGAAAUAGUGGAGAAUAAAUCAGCAGAUAAGGAAAAUUAUUAUGCUGGUAUAGACAAAACUAUUUGAGCAUGUUGUUGUGUUGAUCAAUGGGCAUAUGUUCAUAAACUGAAGAAUGAACUUGCUAUAUGGGUUGUCAACAGGUUUAUUUAGGGUUUCAUGUCAACUAGGUGAACUUCCCAGACCAGGGACUGUAAGAUCUCUCUAUAUAGGCUGAGAAAGUCACCAACCAGUACCCAGGUGUUAAAGCUGUCAGGCAAACCAUGCCGCCCAGUCUAGACAAUCGAAAGAUCUGUCCUGAUGGGCGGUCAAGAUGGAAAGUGGCAACUAUUCACCCCUCUGUGUUGAAACCCGCUCCAUAACAGUUACUGAGGUGGCCGUGUUAUCGGGGGACACAGACAGCCCUUAUCAACCCAUCUUCUGGAAACUAACAGGCCAUGGCUGGAACCUAGUUAUGGAUGGAUAGUUAUGUGCAUGGACUCCCGCACCAUGCACAUUCCCCCGCGGUCUCUACUUUGGCUAAUUGAGUGGAUGCACUGACCCCAACAGCCUGACGGAGCUUCAGUCGACCCCAGAAAGGUGAGCACAGGAGGUUGAAUGCAGCCAGGAAAUCUCUGUGGUGCUGUAUAGGCUCUUUAGCAACAUCACAUGCCCAGUCGCCAUCAUAGAGAGUAAAAAAAGUAUGUGCACACUCUGGGCAGGCAACAAUCUAUAAGCAAUAGUGAUGAUUGCUGGGACCAAAAUCUAUCGGUGGAAGCUAGAAGAUGCUUGUACCUUGAGCCAUCAGGUUACAAGAUGAACUUCUAUGCUAUUCUGUUAAUUAGACCUGAAAAGGUAUAACAUGUAUACAAUUUAGCUUUUGUUCUCCAAGAUCAAUCAUAAAUUUAGGUCAGUGAUUGUUUACCAAAAGAAAUAUACUUUCUCCUUGGGUCAGUUUUUAGUUUUGUCUUUCAGAUCAAAUGCCUCUAGCCUAAUCGAAUGAUUAAAGGAACCCUAUAGGCACCCAGACCACUUCAGCUCAUUGAAGUGUUCUGGGUACAGUGUAAAAUACUGCAGUUUUAGAGAAACUGCAAUGUUUGCAGUGCUAAGACAGCCUCUAGUAGCUGUCUACCAGACAACCACUAGAGGGGCUACAGGGAAUUUACCGGAGUUUAGGUCGCUUAACUGACGCUGGACUUCUGUAUGUUCUGCAUGAGGACAUCCAGCGUCAGUAAAAAUCCCAUAGGAAAGCAUUGAUUCAAUUCCAGCGCUGAGGUGCAUUGGCGCUGGGACCUGGUGAAUAAUGAAAGGGCUUUUAACCCUUCAUUGGCUGGAUAUGGGGCUGCAAGGGAGGGGGUAGGCAGAGGGCUCUAUAGUUUUUAGGAAUACAGCUUUGUUUUCAUAAUAGUAUAGGUUCUCUUUUAAGGUACACUUAAAGGAACAUUUAUUACCUUUUUAAAUAUUCUAUUUAAUUCUAAAUGCAGCCUAAAUAUAACUUUUCAAUAUACUGCUUAUUUUUAAAUCCGUUUUAUUCUGUCAAUUAUAUAUAAUUAACACAAUAAUAAAACGGCAGUGAAACAUAAACCCAUCUGAAAGUUAAUGCCAACCAGAAUAGUGCAACUUAACAUCACUCAUCAGUCACUACAUUUGUUAAACGGUUUGACUUCUUACCUGACAUCUGGCUAUGAUCAUUCUGCGGUAGCAGACAUUGUCGUGAGUAGACUGUACAACAUGGUUUUUGCAUAAUAAAACCUCUGACUCUUUCAACAGUAGUUGAUUCGUUCCAGGGAAGUAUGAGUGCAUAAAGAAAAUACGUAAUAAAAGUUUUCGUAUAAUAUAAUAUUCACUAAAGUAAACUAAAGGGUUAGUCUAAGCGUCAAACUAUGACAGCUUGGGUUUGCCAUUUAAAUGACUCCCCACCGGGCUCCAAGGCUCCUUGUGGCUCCGGUGACUCAUUUCUGCAACUGGAUGCCAAUAAUGUCGCCAUUCAUUGGCUGAGAACAUCAGCUGAGAAUCUUCAUGUCACAUGACCAUUCAAGACGUGCUGCUACUGUGUAUUGUCCAUUUUUGUGUGUAUUUCAUUUUGUUUCUGUGUGUAUUUUUGUACGUAAAGCAAAAAAAAGCUUUUGUUGAUGUUUAAUAAGUUAUGUAAAGGGAAAAACCUAAAAAAUCCAAAGAUCAAGUCAUCAGGGUUAUUGUAGAGGGGGGGGGGGGAAAGCAAUGUGUUUAAACAUGGAGUUUCUAAGUAGUAAUCAGAUGUGCAUUUAAAUGUUGGCCUCCUGUAGAGAGAGCGAGUGGAGAUGUAAAUAAAGAAAACAAAAAAACCUAUAAAACCCUGCCAUGUUUUCACAAUAUCGGUGAAAAAGGAACCAAGAUAAAACAUAGAAGGUAAACCUAUUUUGGUUUUCUACACACAAUGCAGGAAGUGCAUUUAAUGAACAAAACCAUAUUGAUUUGGUAGAAAAUAAGUGUGAAGGAGUACUUUUUUUUUUUUUGUUGUAAUUUCACACCCUAUUUAUCAGAAAUAUACAGUGAGUACACGUAAUUGUAAAAGUUUUGUUUGUAGUGCAUAUUUUGUUUGUAGUGCAUAUACUUUUUAUAUUACAAUCUCUCCAAUAUUGCCAUGCAUCAAGGCUAUGAAUGAGCACUUAGGAGAGACACUCCUUUGGAUAAUGUAACUCAAAAGACAACCAUAAUCAAAUUUUCACUUUUUUUUUUUGUUUGGUUUUUUUUUUUGUUUGUUGCAUUUAAUGAAACUUAAAGGGACACUAUAGUCACCAGAACAACUACAGGUUUUUGUAUUUGUUCAGGUGAGUAGAAUCAUUCCCUUCAGGCUUUUUGCUGUAAACACUGUCUUUUCAGAGAAAAGGCAGUGUUUACAUUACAGCCUAGGUAUACAUCCACUGGCCACUCCUCACAUGGCUACAAUAGGUGCUUCCUGUGGCAGUGCUGCACAGUGAGCAGUGCUGCCAUUCAGUGUCUCCACCCUCUGAAUGCAGACACUGAACGUUCCUCAUAGAGAUGCAUUGAUCUCAAUUCAUCUCUAUGAGGAGGUGAUUAUUGGCUAGGGUUGUGGUUGACUUGUGCUGGCUCUGCCUCCUUGCCAUUCUCAGCCAAUCAUAUGGGGAAUAAUUGUGAUUAAUCCUAGCUGGACCUGGCACCCAGACCACUUCAUUAAGCUGAAGUGGUCUGGGUGCCUAGAGUGGUCCUUUAAGGAUUUAUUUUGUUUUAGGUUUUUUUUUUUUUUUAUUAAACUAAAAAUUUUUUUUUAUUUUUUUUUAAUCUGGCAUUGCAGCCAUGUUGUGUCAGACUUCACUGUUAUCGGACCAACUGUGCUCAACCCAAGAUGCCUGUGGCUGUAGGUUUAUACAAAGCAAUCACAGCAUCCGCUCGGUCAGAUAAAAAAAAUAAAAAAUCAAUAUACAUAAUGGGGAAAAAAUUGUUUCACUAAAGGUAAUACGCUUUAAAUACUCAGCUAAAUAAUACAAUGCUAAAUAGAAAGGAUGAGGGCAUUUCUCUCAGAAUCCUCACAAACCGGCUACUACACACUUCACUUUGGCUGCACUCUUAAUUAAUUCCAUUGCAUAUGUUUGUGGGACUAUAUAGAAAGUUGCCAAUUUCCCACAAGGUAGAAAUGUAAUAUAUUGCCAACACGUGUGUAAUAAGUCUAUCACUCCCUUUUCACUUGCAGAAGUGGUUUUCACAAUUUUUUUUUAUUUUUUUUUCCAAAAUCCCCUAUGGAAGCCUUUAUCACUGAAUUAGAAAAUGAAAACUUGAGUGAAUGUCCGUUACUGACAUACUCACCAAUUCCCUCAUCCAAGCAAGUACAAUGAUAUUGUACUUUAAUUUGUGAAAGUGCUUUAUGUAUGAAGUGUUUUUGUUGUUUAACAAAAAAGUGCAGAUUUUUUUUUUUUUUUAUAAAUUAGCCUUGUUACACCCCCUGGCUACCAACAACAACCAGUUCUGUUAUGUCUUGUUUUGUUUAACUCAAAUUAGUUAAACUUUCUAGUGCAGAGGCAUCAAUUGGAGCACAUGCCUUGAAAAAAAACGUCUUGGGGAGCUGCCCUGGGAAGUCUGUGAUUGGACAGCUACAGAGAAUCUGUUUUUAGAAUUUUUUUAUUUUUUUUUCACGUGUGUGUGUGUGUGUGUGUGUGUGUGUGUGUGUGUGUGUGUUAAUAUAAAUAUAAUAUUAUACCACACACCUGUACAGACCCACUGUAGUAGGUUCACAAAUUAAGUCUGCAUUGCAAAAAUAAACCAUUCACAUUUUGAACUUCUCCCCACACACACACACACACACUCUUAAGGGGUUAAUGAUCAGCCACAGGAUGUCACACCCAUGUACAUUCACUGUAUGCAAUAAUCUCCCCCAAUAAACAAAUACUGUACAACUUUUUACAGUUUCGAUGUCAUUUUAACCACAAUGGCUUGUUUCCCUCAAGGUUUUGAAACCUCCUAACAGUUGUAUGUUCUUUUAUGUAUAGUUUGGGGAAGUUCUGUGAAUUGUGAAAAAACCUUAAGCAGUCUUAUAGUAAUAAAUACGCUAUUUGUCCCAUUUUACCAUACAGACACCUACGUGUUUUUUGUUUUUGUUUUUCACAUUGCAUAUCCUGACAGACAGCACCAAGGCUCUGCAGCAAUAGCGGCAUAAGCUGCUGUCCAAACCAAAAUACGUAAUUAAAGCUCAUUUUACAAAGCUGAUGGUCGUGGUCGGUUGAGGGUGUAAUGGGAUAUUUUACUUGAAUAUUGUAGCUCACAAUGGCACUGCCAUCUUUUCAUGCAGGUCCAUACUUUACUCCCAGGAGGUUCACAUGCAGACACCUGCCUCACUGUCUUGCUUUCGAGCAAGAGUAUAACACUAAGGUUAUAACUGGGGUACCCAAAAGUUAGAUUCCCAGAUGUUUUAAAACUAUUCCAUGAUGCAUCGUCAUUCCAAAAUCAUCGUCAUUCAUUAGUUCUACAACAUCUGGGGACCUCCUUUUUGGGCACUCCUGGUGUAUAAGAUCCUGCAGGAUUCUCUGUACAGCAAGUUGUGCAAGAAUUUUCCUUUCCCACAGACAUUCCUAGCGAUAGCUGUCGGGAAUUGACAUAACUUGACUUCUGACUUGACUGGAAGUCAAAGGAAUCCCUACUUUGAUUUAUACAGGCUGUGUAAUGAAAUUCGAAUACAAUCAGUGGAUUUCUGAGUAUUUCAUAAAGAUGAAGGGACAGUAGAUUAAAUGUCUAGAAAAACAUGCAUAUGCCACUAAACAAACCGGACGUACACACUUGCGUUCUAUUGAGAGUUCAUAAGGUAUAGGUUUGUUUUAGAUAGAGGCAAGGUGUUAGGAUUAUAAUUAAUGAAGUACGGAUUGGGUUUUAGAGGAUAAGGUUAUAAAUUGUGGUUUUAGGAACCUGGUGUACUAUUAUUAUAAUAUGCCAGCCCCAUUCCAAGUGACCUUUCAGAAAAGGCUGCUAAACAGGACAAAGCAUACUACGAGGACAAUGAAAGGCUGCAGCAUAAUUGAUCAGGUAUCCUUAAUUUACUUUUCUUUGGCCAGCACUUUAGAAAACCAUUCUCUUCUACAGAAAUACUUUGCAGGAGUAUUGGGAAUAUAAUUAACCAGUAAUGGGCCAAAACAACAGUAACUAUGAACUGAAAGUUAAUGCUAACCAGAAUAUUGCUAUAAACACCACUCAUCAGUAACCACUGGUAUGCUUUCUUAAUGGAACGUUUCUGUUACCAUAACCACUCCAAAAUACUCACAGCCACUUUAAAGGAACACUAUAGUGUUGAGAAUCACUGUCUAGGUCAGGGGUAGUCAACCUGGUCCCUACCGCCCACUAGUGGGUGGUUUGGAAUUUCAAGUGGGCGGUGGUGAGUUCUGCAGAAAACGCCCAGUUGUCCUCGAUGGCUGUAGACCAAGACCGGCAGGGGAGAUCCUAUCAUCUCCCCUGCCAGCCUUGCUGUAAGCCCUCUCGGGCUGUUGAGGAUAUAAAAGAUCUCCCUCACCGGUCCACUGACACUGUUCCAGCGGAGGGAAGGGUCUGGGAGGCUCUGUGUUCCUCCCGCAAGCAGGCUGUUAGGAACGUUGCCACGCGUUACCAUGGCAAUGCUCCGAUACAGUGCUGUGCUCGCAGAAGGAAAGGAGAGUCAGCCUGCAGCCAGAGGAGCUGCAGGCUAAAGUGAACAUGCCAGCAGUGGACCACCAAAGCUUGCAGCAUUAUGUCCUCCUCCCUGGUAAAAGGUAAGGGAGGGGGAGACAUUAAGAUAGAUUUUCACAUCUCGCCCACCUACACGCAGCAUAGACCCUAUGCACUCUUCACACAUGCGCGCACACUCUUAUAGGAAAGCUUUGGGAGGCUAUCGCACAUAUGCGGAAAAAUGCAGCGUUGCGCCAAACUGAAUUAAUGCAGCUCUAUAGGAAAUCCAGUGCUGCAUACUGUGCAGCAGUGAGAUAGGAAGGACUGCCACCUAUGUGUUCCUACGCAGUAAUGUAAACACUGCCUAUUCCCUGAAACGGCAGUGUUUACAUUGCUGAGCAUGCAGGGACAGGCUAUAGACACCAGCUCCACUACAUUAAGCUGUAAUGGUUCUGGUGACUAUAGUGUCCCUUUAAUUCUAAGCACCAAAAACUGUUACAUAUUAAUGUAGUUGUUUUCGUGCAUAAACCUUUUCGAUUGUGAUCUCGUUUGGGCAGAGCCAUCGUCACAUACUGUAUGUCAUACACGUCUUAUUAGAAUUCUAUGUUUGUCUUGUUUACCUAUUGUACUGCACUGCCGAAUAUGUUGGCACUAUAAAAUACUUGUAAUUAUGGUAAAAUUGCAGCAAUAUUAAUUAUAAAAACAUUUUAAAAAAGCCUAUGUUAUGUGUAAAGUUAUCCCAAAGAAAAUAUAAGAACAAAUGAUUACAUAGGAGUAGACCUUUUGUAUAUAUUUGAAAAACUGGGUCAAAUGUGUUGUUUACCUACUGUUUCUAUGCUUCCUAUUACAAAGUUUGAAAAGGACAUUUUAUUGUUUAUCUAAACAGUAAUAUAUUUGCAUUAGCUGUGCAGCAUGUGUAUAUUACUCUUCAUUUAUAUAUAUUUUUUAUUCAUUCCACUUUUUAUACAGCUGACUUGAAGAGAACAAUUGCAGUACUUUUGGAUGACAUCCUGCAACGCUUGGGAAAACUAGAGAACAAAAUAGAUUGCUUUGUAGUAAAUGGCUCCUCUACCAACAGUACUAGUGGCAGUCCCAGUGGCAAUCUGGUUCCAUUAACCACAAGUAAACGCAUCAAUAACGCUGGAAACAGAAGAUAGCAAUAAAGAGACAACUAAAAAAAAUAAAAAAAAUUACACCUCCCAGGAAACAUAACUAUCCUUAAUACUGACUUUAUGUACAAUUACAAACUGAUGUUCUUUAAAUUCCGCUUUAAUAUUCUUGGAAAUAAAGACUGCUGUAUCAUAGAGUGCUAAACACGGAGAUCCAAACGAUGGAACGUUUUAGAAUGUAACGGUUACUUGCCAUAAUACAUUUUUUAGUAGAUGGAGUGGGUAUAUACAGUUUGUGUAAUAUAUAUUUUACUGUAUAUACACACUGUAUACGGAUAAUGUUUUUAAAUUUUGUUUUUCUAGAAGGUGAGUCAAAUUUCAGUUUUGAUGCUUUGUACUUAGUACUGUAAGAAAUAUUUUGGACUUAUAAAAUAAAGUGUACACUUGUAGUAGUAUAUUAUAUUUUGCUACACAGAAGAUUUAUGUUAAAGCUGAGGUUCUGAACGUGUGACCCAAAGAAUGUAUUUAUUUGCACUAUUUGUCAAAUCAUAACCGUAGAAGACUUGCUGUAACUCCUCUAAUUUAUGUGCGUGCACACACAUGAAAUAAAGAUGAGAAAUACUUAAAAUAAAAA